UAGCCUCCUUCUCAUAUCUCUUUCUCUCUCUCUCUCUCUCUCUUCCGCAAAACGCAAACGGAACUCGCAAUUGGACUCGUCCACUCUCUCCUCUUCUUUUUUCUUCAUCGUGGGAAUUAGGGUUUAUACUGCCUCACUACUCUCACUCCCUUCAUCUGGUUUCUGCGUUUCAAUGCCUGCUAACUGCUUGCCCAAAUCGCGUCUUCAGAACCCUAGACUGAGCCUGACUGCUCCAUUUUGUGGGCGAUUUUGGCUUAUCACUGGAUUUCCAUCUUCAAGUCCGUUGGAAUUGCUAGUUAGAACUUGAUUCCAGUACAGCCGACUCAGAUGGCACCGAGUCGCAGAAAGGGUGCGGGCAAAGCUGCUGCCGCUUCUGCUGCUGCCUGCCGCCAAUGGAAGGUCGGCGAUCUCGUCCUUGCUAAAGUCAAAGGCUUUCCUGCUUGGCCUGCCACGGUAAGUGAGCCUGAGAAGUGGGGAUAUCCAGCUGAUUGGAAAAAAGUACUUGUCUACUUCUUUGGAACACAGCAAAUAGCUUUCUGCCACCCUGCUGAUGUAGAAGCAUUUACUGAAGAGAAAAAACAGUCUCUUUUGAUCAAACGUCAAGGAAAGGGUGCAGAUUUUGUUCGGGCUGUGCAGGAGAUCAUAGACAGUUAUGAAAGGUCAAACAAACCAGACCAAGUUGAUGAUCUCAAUUCUGGUGAAGUUGCUCUGGCAAAUGGCGGGAAUUCAGUGGAGUCAUCAGCGCACAUUGAAUUAAAGGAUCAGACUGAAACUUCUGAAGCAACUGUUACAGUCAGAAAUGAUCCCAGCCUUGCGAGCGGUGUUGCUCCAGAUGUAGCAAAAGUUGGUUCUUUGCAUGAUAAAGAGGCCUCAUUGGAGCAGCCCGCUGAUAAUAUGAUGGUCACAGCAAAGCCUGUUAUAGCUACUUAUAUUUCAAGAAAAAGAUCUGGAGGCUUACGAUCUAGGAAACGUGGCACACAGAAAAAGGAUCUAUCAGUUGAAAGGUCUACAAGCUUGUCAAGGUUGGAAUCCUCUAGAUUCCAGAGUUUUACUAUACCAUCUAAUAAUGGUAACCAGAGUGCUGGGGAUGCAUCAACUGAAGUAGUCCUGAACAGGUCCUUACGAAGGAACAAACGAGUUAAAAAAUCACCAGCCUCUGAAUGUGAUGAUGUUGAGUCAUCUGCUGUUAUUUCAAAUGGAAGCACUGAAGAUAAUGUCUCUGAAAUUGCAACAGUUGACUCUGAUUCUCCGAGUCUGAAUGAAGGCAGCACUAUAGACAGUGCUUGUAAACCUGAGCACUCUCAAACUGUCUUUGAUUGUUUGGAGGAAGAUGUUGAGUUGAGCAAAGGGUUUGAUUUUCAAAUAAAGGCUGUGAUUAUAAAGAAGAAACGGAAACCAAACAGAAAGCGAGUGAUUAAUGAAGCAGCUGAGCCACCUGCCAGAUUGGAAACAGGGGCAGAUUUGGAUGCUGGCGUGCAUAAUAGCAGCCAAAAUUUGCAGUUGGCUUGUGAAAACUUGAGCGAGAGGCAUACUAAAGAAGAUGGAGAUGAGCACCUGCCACUAGUGAAACGAGCUAGAGUUAGAAUGGGCAAAUUAUCUUCAUUGGAAGAUCACAGCAGCUUGUCUCUUGAAGAAGAAAAGACCUGUACUCAAGUUGCAGUCAGUUUGACCGAGGCACACAAUGGCAUAUGUGAAAUUGAAGAAAGAACCUCUAAUGAAGUUCUGGUCACUAUGUUGGAGGAGAUCAGUCCACCUGCUAAUUUCAAUGAUGAUUGUUCUGCUCAUAAAGACUCCUUACUAGAAAAGGGAGCUUUAUAUAAUCUGUCACCUCAAAAGAGCUGUGCUCAAAUUCCAGAUAGCAGGCCUCAGCUUUCAAUUGCUAAGGAGCAUCAGACUUUUGGAUGCUCAGCAGAUGGUGAAUCUGCUUUACCUCCAUCCAAACGUCUUCAUCGGGCUCUAGAGGCCAUGUCUGCAAAUGCUGCUGAACAAGGUCAGGCAUGUACCAAGACAUCAACCAUGAAAACAUUAAUCAAUGAAAGUUCCACAUCUUUAGUGAGGAGCUCCUCUCUUGUGUUCAAUGAAAGAAAAGAAAGCAAUUGUUCAGGAGAGCUGAGUGUAGCCUCUCCUGGCUGUAGGGCCUCUGCAUUCUGUUCCAGCUCUAACAGAGUCUUAGAGGAAUCUAUAAAACAACCAGUAGAAGCAAACCUUUGCAAUCGACUGAUUGAAAGUUCUGAGAGCCAAGAACAUUAUGAAGAUGUCUUGCCAGAGUCCUUGGACCAUGAUCUUGGCAAAGAUCUUGGUAGAUCAUGUUUUGGAGGUGACACUGUUUCUACUAUUAGUCAACAGAGCACAAAAGAUUUUACACCAAAUUUAGACAGAAGAUGUGGCAGUCUGCGAUCCAAUCAGGGUUCAUUGGAUCAGUUGUUAAUCCUGAAGGAUGAAGUCAAGUCUGAAAACAUUGAGUUAAGAGAUGUUGUGGCUCAGAAUCUUAAUAAAGAUGUUGAUGUUUUGGAGAAUUCUUUGACGAGUCCAAGUAUCAUCUUGCAGGCUGAUGAAGCUGCUAAAGGCAUGUCUCAGAAUAGUUCUGAUGUGCUUUGGUACAGUGCUGAGGAUAUUGGCUGUGGCAAUACUGAGUCAUUGAGGUCUCUAAUUCAUGAUAAGGACCAAUUCAAUGGCAUGGGCGAGGAGGCAAAAGGUGUCAAAUUUGAGCAAAGACAAAAGCAUACUAGUUAUGCUUCUGUUUCUGAUGAUCAUUUGGGUGAAAGGCAUGUCUUGGUAGCCCAGUCAAGUCCAGUUCCAGCUGAUGGAAAUGGAACAGAAUCUUCUGCACAGACAUCUCCAACUACUACCUCAAUAUGCCAUGUAUCUACCUCAGAAAGUGCUAAUUUUAUUCAAAAUAGUCAAUGUUCCAGCCCCAACCAUUUACACCAGAAGACAACUGUGUGCACAUCAAUCGAUGAAAAAAUUGAAUCAGUGAUGGCACAGCGCCCAAAAUCUGUUGGCAAAUGGAGUAAUUAUGCAGAAGCACAUGCUUCUCUAUCAUCGUUUGAAGGAAUUAUUCGAUCAUUAACGAGGACAAAGGAGAGCAUUGGUCGAGCAACUCGCAUAGCCAUUGACUGUGCAAAAUUUGGUGUUUCUGCUAAGGUGGUGGAAAUUUUAGCUCGUGCCUUGGAAAGUGAGUCAAGUUUACACAGAAGGGUGGAUUUGUUCUUCCUCGUGGAUUCCAUCACUCAGUGCUCUCGAGGUCUGAAAGGUGAUGUUGGUGGUAUAUAUCCUUCAGCUAUACAAGCAGUAUUACCGCGCCUACUUUCAGCUGCUGCUCCUCCUGGAAGUUUGGCACAGGAAAAUAGAAGGCAGUGUAUGAAGGUUUUGAGGCUCUGGCUGGAAAGAAGGAUCCUUCCAGAAUCUGUUAUCUGCCAUCAUAUGCGGGAACUUGAUUCAUUAGGUGGUUCAUCUUCUGCUGGUGCCUAUUCUCGCCGUUCAGCAAGAACAGAAAGGGCUUUAGAUGAUCCCGUUAGAGACAUGGAGGGUAUGCUUGUUGACGAAUAUGGAAGCAAUUCGAGUUUUCAGCUCCCAGGAUUUUGUAUGCCUCGCAUGCUUAAGGAGGAAGAUGAUGGAAGUGAUUCUGAUGGAGAGAGUUUUGAGGCUGUCACUCCUGAACAUAAUUCUGAAACCCCUGAAGAGCUGGAGAUCAUGCCAGCAGUAGAAAAGCACACACAUAUCUUGGAAGAUGUUGAUGGUGAGCUUGAAAUGGAGGAUGUGGCCCCCUCCUGUGAAGUUGAAGCAGGUUCAACAGGUGGCAUUGCGGGAGUUAAUUCUGUGCGGAAUUUGCAUGAUCAAUUAGAAGAGCAUUUUCCAUUGCCCUUUGCCCCUCCUCUGCCUCAGGAUGUGCCACCAACAUCACCACCGCUGCCAACAUCACCGCCGCCGCCACCUCCACCACCUCCUGCCAUUCCACCUUCAUGUGGAAAUCCUGAUUCAUACAUUAAUGGCAUGGAUUCAAAGCUUUCUGAAAAUUCACAUGAUAUGCAAGAUAACUUGAGAGAAUGUGUGUGUCAGCAGCCAGCAGCACCAAGAAUCAACCCAUCAAUGUCCAAUGGAGUGAAUUAUCAUGCUACUGAAUGUAGGGAUCAGUUGCAGAUGCAGCAGUGCGAAUCCAUGAACUCUUUCAGCAGUUACCCUGUCCAUCCAGUGCACUCAGAUGGGCCAAAUUUCCACCACAAGGCUUAUCCUCCAAGGCCACCAUAUCCACCACCUUCAAAUCAUUUCUCCUAUGUUCAGGCAGGCCAGCAUGGGAAGUCUCGGAGACAGACCCCUCCUCCUUACCACCAAAGAUUCCACUCAUCACAUAAUGCUGAUGGUGGAAACUUUUAUAAUACCCUUGAGAGAAUGAGACCAGUCCCAUAUGAAUUCAAUGAGAGCUGGAGAUACCCUGCACCCCCUUUUCCUGGUCCACGACAUCUGGACAAAGGCAGGCCAUCUUAUCCACCUGAUUCAUAUGGUGGCCCCCCUAGAGAGCCAAAUAGCAUACCUCAUCAGGGAUGGUCAUUUCCUCCCCGGGGGAUGCAUCACAGGAGCUUCAUGCCUUUUAGACCAUCUGGAAGUGCAAGUCCAGUGUCCAGUAGAGUCAGUCAGGGUACAGCCAUGGGGGCUUCUCCAUCUGUUCCACAGAAAUCCAUCCAUGAAUUCACUGUGAAGGAUGCCCGAGGUCAGGACGUCGAUCUCAGCAUCUACAAAGGAAAGGUUCUUCUCGUGGUUAAUGUCGCCUCUAAAUGUGGAUUUACAGAUUCGAAUUACACGCAGUUGACCGAUCUUUACAACAAAUACAAGGAUAAAGGUUUUGAAAUAUUGGCAUUUCCUUGUAACCAAUUUCUGAAACAAGAGCCGGGAACGAGCGAAGAUGCACAACAGUUUGCUUGUACCAGAUACAAGGCUGAAUAUCCAAUUUUCCAGAAGGUUCGCGUCAAUGGGCCAAAUACAGCACCUGUCUACAGAUUCCUCAAGGCUAGUAAAUGUGGAAUUAUGGGGUCUGGCAUAAAGUGGAAUUUUACCAAGUUCUUAGUCAAUAAGGAAGGGCAAGUUAUUGGUCGCUACAGCCCAACCACUAGUCCUUUGUCUAUUGAGGCUGAUAUCAAGAAAGCAUUGGAAAUAAAGUGAGAAAUAUGCCACGAACAGAUUCAGUAAAAGCUAGAUAUAAAUAUGUGAUGCAGUUAUAUGGUUAAACUAUUCAUGUAUCAAGUUAGUUAUUGUAUAUUAUUUAUCGGCAUCUUUCUAUGCAUUCAGUUUGCAGGUCAGAGAAUGUAAAUGUAAGAGAUAGUUAUCGAUAGAUAGUUUGCUAAUUUGUUGUUUC